UGUCAAACGAAAUUCCUCCACGUAACGCAGGCGUGCGUUUAGUGCAAUUUUUAGCUAUAACUAAUACAAUUUCACCUCCACAGAGCAAUGUUAUUGUAAAAGAGAAUCACAAGAAUACCAUAACAAAUUUAAAAAAAGAAUAUAUAUAAUUGACGUCAGGAUGAAGGCACUUUGUCUUCUUCUGGUCUUAACAAUAAGCAGUACUUUAUGCGUUGAUAAGAAUAAUUUCAAGACAUGUGAUCAGUCAGGGUUUUGUAAGCGCCUUCGGCCUUUUAAGCCAGAGAAAUCUCAGUAUUCCCUAAAUUUAGACACCGUUAUUGUACACGGAAAUGUUCUUUCGGCUGAGGUCGUUACCGUGGAUAUUGAAGGAGAAAAGAAAAAUGUUCUGUGGCACUAUGCAUUGAAACUGACAGCUCUGGCGGAUAGUACAUUCCGUGUAGAGUUAGAUGAAGCAGAUCCUUUGUACCCUCGGUACCGCCCGGAACUAGCAUUGGGUGAGGAACCUACUGCAGAUGGAUUAAAAUUGGUAUCGAACUCGAACGGUAAGCUGAUGCUGGUCAACGAGCAAGGCCACAAAGUUAUCAUUACAUCGGAACCUCUUAAAAUCGAGUUCCUCGAUCUGAACGGCGAAAAAGCUGUGAUAUUGAACGAUAACAGCCAGCUUGUCGUGGAGCCUCUGAGGGUGAGGAGGGAGAAAAUCGGUGAUGAUGACGAGGGGGACGUCGAAGAAGAAGGCACAUGGAGCGAAAACUUCAAGUCUCAUCACGACAGCAAACCUCGAGGCAACGAAGCCAUUUCGCUUGACAUCGCAUUCCCAGAUGCUGACCACGUUUAUGGUAUCCCGGAGCACACAGAUAACUUCCACCUGAAGACGACAACCUCAGGGGAACCGUACAGGCUGUACAACUUGGACGUGUUCGAAUAUGAGCUGGACAGCAGGAUGGCUAUUUACGGAGCCAUUCCAGUUCUAUACUCUCAUGGAGUCAAACGCAGUGCAGGCGUGUUCUGGCACAACUCUGCGGAGACGUGGGUGGACGUCGUCAACUACGCCGACGCCACCGUCGUGUCGUCGCUCGUCAACCUCGUCACCGGCGGACACCAGCGACGCGUCGAUGCCAGGUUUAUGAGCGAAGCGGGCGUUAUCGACGUGUUCGUGUUCCUCGGGGACAAGCCGGCCGACGUGUUCCGCCAGUACAGCGCCCUCACCGGAGUCGCGCCGCUCCCCCCCCGAUUCUCGCUGGCGUACCACCAGUCGCGCUGGAACUACGUGGACGAGGCCGACGUGCGCGCCGUCGACGACGGGUUCGACGCCAACGACAUCCCCGCCGACGCGCUCUGGCUCGACAUCGAGUACACCGACCGCAAGAAAUACUUCACGUGGGACAUGGAAAAGUUCCCUCAUCCCGCGGACAUGGUGGCCAACCUCACGGCUAAGGGACGGAAGCUGAUCGUCAUCAUCGACCCCCACAUCAAGAGGGAGGCUGGCUACUUCGUCCACGAAGAUGCGACAGAACAGGGACUGUAUGUUAAAGAUAAAGAUGGCAAGGACUAUGAAGGGUGGUGCUGGCCUGGUUCAUCCUCGUACCUCGACUUUUUCAACCCGGAGGUAACAAAGUACUACGCUGAGAGGUUCCAGUUCAACAACUUCCCCGGUACCAGCAAAGAUGUUCACAUCUGGAACGACAUGAACGAGCCAAGUGUAUUCAACGGACCAGAAAUCACAAUGCCUAAAGACUGCCGCCAUUACAAGGCUCCUCAAGACGGACAAGAUGGUCUCGCUUCAUUCUGGGAACACAGACAUGUGCAUAACGAGAACGGCCUCCGACACAUCAGCGGUACACACCAGGGCAUGCUAGACCGAUCAGACGGACAGUACCGACCCUUUAUCCUCACCAGGGCCGUCUUCGCCGGUACUCAGAGAUAUGCAGCAGUCUGGACCGGAGAUAAUGCAGCGGAGUGGGGCUUUUUGCAAGCUUCCGUCCCCAUGUGCAUAUCGCUGGCUGUCUCUGGAGUCAGUUUCUGUGGCUCAGAUGUCGGAGGCUUCUUCAAGUACCCCGAGGCUGAGCUGAUGACCAGAUGGUAUCAGGCGGGCGCCUACCAGGCCUUCUUCCGCGCGCACUCGCACAUCGAGACCAAGCGGCGCGAGCCGUGGCUGUACGACGCCGCCACCACGGCGCGCAUCCGGGACGCCGUGCGCCGCCGCUACGCGCUGCUCGACUUCUGGUACACCUUAUUCUACGAGCACUCAGUCGACGGACUACCUGUAAUGAGACCACUGUUCCAAGAGUUCCCUCGAGAGGAAGAGACAUUCACGAUUGACAACACAUACUUAUUGGGUGACAAGCUGUUAGUCCGUCCUGUGCUGGAAGCGGGAGUGACGAGUGUGAAAGUGUACCUGCCCGGGAAAGACUCCCACACCGUGUGGUACGACGUCGAUUCGUACCAGUCAUAUCCCGCCAACGGGUAUAUGAACGUCGAUGUUAAUAUUGCCAAAGUGCCGGUGUUCCAGCGCGGAGGCAGCGUAGUGCCGCGCAAGGAGCGCGUGCGACGCUCCUCCGCUCUCAUGGCGCACGACCCUUACACGCUCGUAGUGGCGCUGGACGGCCAGGGCAAAGCGGAAGGUUCGCUGUAUAUUGACGACGGCGAGACCUACGAAUAUAAAUCAAAUAAAUUUAUAUACGCCAAGAUCACAUAUGAACCUUCAGCUAUGAAGUAUUCCUUCGUAAACGAAGAAGCAAGCUAUCCAACCCGAUCAUGGGUGGAGCGUAUUGUAAUCGCGGGUAUCAAAAACCCCCCGAAAUCUGCCAAACUGUCCCAGGGAGGUAAGCAGAUCCCUCUCCAGAUGACUCUCCACAGAGGUAACGACGUGCUCGUCAUACGCAAGCCAACCGCGUCCAUGGCAUCGCCUUGGGAAAUACUUUUCACGUAUUAGUUAUACAGGAUGUUAGAGACAUGUGUUCUGAUUAAUAUUUUUAAAUAAAGAGAGAAAAUCAUUUAUUGUCACAAUUUUAUACGAUUCAUUAGUACAUUUAUAAUUAAAAACGGAUAUACAUUUCAUUUUAUAUAAAACCAUAUAUCAUUUUUAUAUAAAUCAAUCUGGGGUGUUAGGUAAUUGUUAGAAACACAUAAUCAUAAUUUUAUUAAAAUGAUUGUUAAUAGAAAGACAUUGUUUUUUUUUAAACCGACCAACAAUUUAAUUCAUAUGAAAAUACAAUUAUGAUUAGUAAUGUGUUCGACAAAUACCUUUAAUAACUAAAUGUGUAAAGUCAAAAUGUACAACACUCCUUUUUAAAUAACAUAGAAUUUUAAAUUAAGAGUUUACUGUAAGUGACUUUGAAUGAAGUAUUUCAUAGAAUCAUAUCGAGUUGAGGAGUCGUUAUACUAGUUCAUAAAUUUAUAAUAAAGGUAUUUCGACUUGGGUAGUAUAGAACAAAUAAAAAAUUCAAUAUUAAAUACAAUAGUAGAACCGAAGUGUUCCAAUUAUAUUUCACUGUUAGAGAGAAUGAGACAGAAAAAUACAUGUCUUACCGCCUAAUGCAUCAAUACCUUGUAGCGUAAUACGUAAAAAAAAAAAAACAAAAGCGCGCGAUCGCCUGUCAAGAGGCUUGUGUUUACUUUUUGGCGCGAAGUUUGCGUGAUACAAGAGUAUCUGAGUCAUAGAAAAUUUGUCGUUUUAGUCAUUAAUGUUAUUAUUCAUUAAAAUUAAUUAAUGCUUUUGUUGAUUGUUGUGUGUUAAUAAGUUAAUUCUUUUCAAAAAGUCACUUUCGCUGCUGAUCGGUAAGACGUUUAUUUUUCUCUCGUCAUUAUUUGUUAUUGUGUACAAAAGCAAUUGGUAGAGCAGAAAAUAAUUGAGGCACAGGACACGAAGAGAAGAGUUCUGUUUAUAAUAAGAGUUAGCAUUAUUAAAAGUACCAAUUAUAAGAUUUUUUAUAUGGGUGUAACAAUUUAACUUAUUUAUUACCAGUGAUUAAUGAUACCAUUCAACUUCAAACGAGACUUGUGUACUGUUUCAUGUACCUAUGCUGUUUUUUUUUUAGAUGAAAUUUUUUAUAAAACCGCUAAGGAUUUUCAUUAUUCAACAUGUUCAAAUACAUUUUUGUAUUAAUUCGCAUAUAAAUUUAAAAAAUCUUGUACAAUAUUAAAUAUUGGUUACGAAAUGGAAUCUUGGUUAUAAAAUAGACAAAUUAAUAACUUCUGAAACAGAUUUU